UGUGGAAAGGAGGCCCCUGGACAUCUGGAGCGAGAGUGCGGGACCAGGCCAAUGCAGCGACACAUAUCCGCACCACCUGAAGAACCUGCGCAACGCGUGGGGGUGGUCGUUGACAACAUGUUCCUUGAAGGGAUCAUCAAUGAGGCGAAGGAGAGAAAGGCAAAAGAAAGGCAGAUGAAAGCAGUACCCAUCCCUCCCCCGCACAGUGCUAACCCCGAACUUCCAACCAGUCCCAUUGCGGGACCCUUACGUCCCCGUCCCAAUACACCUGUUGUCCUUCGCAAAGUCGAUCCUGACUGGGUCCCUGAUGCUGCCCAAUGGAUGUGGGACAGCUCCUGGCCACAUCAAAAGCAUCUGUCUGGCAAAGAGUGGAAGAACAUUGGGAGGGACACAUGCAACGAGUGGUUUGACAAAGCGGAGGAUGACGGCGUAGACUGGGAAUUAUAUGGAGACGCCGGUACUUGUAUAAAUAGUUGUACCAUUAGUCGGUCAAACCCUAAGUUCAACCUGGUUACCAAUUCAAGUCUCCGCUCCUCUUCGCUUGGGGUAGUGGUCAUUCUCAAUUUUCUCACUCGAUCUUCUGGACGACACACUGUCCAUAAGCCCUCGCUCAUUGUCUAUGAGUCAGGCAUUGAUAUAGGAGUAUAG